AUGACUCCUCCACCAGAAGCAGGAGCCCCACCAACAACAAAGCCCCCGGCCACCCACACGCCCGAGCACUCAGAAAAACCUUUACAAGUAGAUCUCAAGAGACGACUGGGCUUCGUCGAGCCCCCAAAGCGAUUCGGCGCCGAUUAUUUCCUCUUCCAUUUCCUGUCCAGAGAACAUAAAUUACGCCGAUGGUGCGUUCAGGUAGUCACCCACAAAUAUUUCGAUCGAUUCAUUAUUGCUGCCAUUGUGGCCAACUCGAUCAUCCUCGGAUUGUCGGAUUUCUCCGUCGUAGACUCCGAGUUGAACCCUGCAAGCACCGGGAAAAAAUGCCAGGACGGUGGACUCGUGGAUGCCUACUCGCUCCAGAACCAUAUAGUAGAAAUUUCGGAACUUCCAUUCACAAUUAUUUUCACGGCAGAAUGUAUUCUCAAGAUUAUCGCAAUGGGAGUCCAUGGCAGAGGCUCAUACGGGAAGGAUAUGUGGAAUGUCCUCGACUUUUUCGUCGUCGUCUCAAGUCUUGUGGCUUCUUUGCCAGGAAUGCCCAACGUAUCGGCUAUUCGAACGAUCCGAGUGCUACGUCCGCUACGAUCACUAUCAGUGAUCCCCGGUAUGAGGCGUCUUAUUGCCGCCUUACUGAAAGCUUUGCCAGCACUCGGAAAUGUCGUGAUUCUUCAGAUUUUUGUCUUCUUCAUCUUUGGCAUUCUCGGUAUUCAACUAUUCGGUGGCAGUAUGAACCGUCGAUGUCGCUUGACAUCAUUCCCCGUAAAAUUGCCACUUGAUGACAUGAACGAAGCAAUUUGGCCAGUACCCAAGGAAUAUAUCGAUCAAGUGAAGAUGAAUGAAGAGGCGUAUUUUUGCAUUGACGCCCCGCUAUUAGAUUACGAGGACAGUGCUGGAGAUUACACAAAAGAAACUUCACCUUGGAAUACCCCUCAGAGCUGUUUCUGGCCUGUGGAUGACGAGGACGAGUUCCUAUGCGCUGCAAAAGGUCAAGCAGGCAACCAUGCGUGUAAUAUUGGGAAAACUUGUGGCUCAGACUACGACGCAUUUGGAAACCCUAGAUUUAGUCACCACAAAGCCAUGGAUUACGCUCUCUAUCGCCCCAGUCUAGACUGGGGUCUCACGACGUUUGAUAACAUCGGACGGGCAUUUUUCACCAUUUUCCAGUCCAUCACACAAGAAGGCUGGACUGUCAUCAUGUACAUGGUGAUGGAUUCGUCCCAACCGACGAUCGGGGCGAUAUUUUUCGUGGUUCUGAUCAUUUUCGCGUCGUUUUUCGUCAUGAAUCUGACACUAGCAGUUAUUUCAGAAGAAUUUAAUCUUGACCAGAAGCCUGGCAAGACAGCAGCCCAAAAACGAGAGGAGGAGAGGAGAGCGAAAUUAGAGAGAGAAAACGCUGAAAAACUCGCCCGUGAGCACUGGCUUAACGCCGUUGUAUCGCACAAACUGUUUUCGGGCUUUAUCAUGGCCGUGAUCCUCGCCAAUACAGCGAUUCUAGCACUGGACCAUUACCCGAUGCCCACAAAGAUGGAUGAAGAUCUCGAGAUUGUGAAUUUCGCGCUGUCUUGUGUCUUUGUGAUCGAGAUGAUCAUGAAACUCUUUGGGCUUGGAUUACGGCAAUACUCUCGAGACAGAUUCAACUUGUUUGACGCUUUCAUCGUGACGAUGGGAAUUCUUGAGACUAUCGCGUCUCCGCCUUCUUUUAUGUCGAGCAAUCCUCCAAAGAAAGGAGCAGUGUCAGCACUACGAUCAUUCCGUCUUUUUCGAGUUUUUAAGCUUGCUCGAGAUUGGAAAUCACUACGAGAACUACUGGAGAUGAUUAUACGAGCAGUGGCAAGUAUCACGAACUUUGGAGUACUCCUCUUCCUCUUUAUCUACAUCUACGCAUUGGUUGGUGUGCAGUUCUUUGGUAACACGAUGCGCUUCGAUGAGGAAGGAUACCCGACUCCAUUCAACCUGGAAGAGUUCUGGAAUGGGACGGUUCCGCGAAACAAUUUUGACACAUUGCUCUGGGCUGCCGUCACAGUCUUUCAGAUCAUCACGGGCGAGAAUUGGAACAGUAUUAUGUACUACGCCAUCCUUGGCAACGGCAUGCUUUCCUGUGUUUACUUUAUUUCUCUGGUGAUUCUUGGCGACUUUGUGCUGAUGAACUUGUUCUUGGCUUUGCUACUCGACAACUUUGGAGACAAUGAUGAAGAGCAAGAAAAGGAGAAACAAGAAGAAACCAAGAAACUUGCUCAAAAAAUGUCAGUGAUGAACAUGAGUAUGAAAGUUGCUCCAAUAACCUCAGAGAGUGAGCGAACGAUGACAAGUAGAGGAAGUUUCUUAAUGGUAUCCACCGCGUUUCCCCUAGGAGCGCGUCGACAGUCGAUACUGGAAGUGGAUGAGGAUGGAGACGAAGAAGACGUUCGCGUAGUCAACCUCGAGAGAUUCGCAGACGAACUCACUCCAAGUGUACCAUUGGCAAAAACCGUAUACAUCGAAACCCCAGCUCGCAUGAAUCCUCAAAAUGGCUCGACAACUCCUCGCGUUGACAAAUUAAGUAACUUUGAGAAAUCGUCGCUGCGUGACAUGGUGAAUACUGCCCGAAACAGUAUACUGGCAAGUUCACGGGCAAGUCUAGUGUCAGCUAUGAUGCUGGGAACUGGGAACCAAGCUCCAGAUGAAGAAACGCAGGACGAUUCAAACAAUCCACUGACUCAAAUUAACCCCGGGAGAUCGCUAUUCCUCUUCGCAGUGGACUCAAAAGUCCGUCGAAUUGCAAGUUAUUUAUCCACCCAUCGCCAUUUCGACUCGACCGUCUUCGGACUUAUCGUGGUUUCUUCCAUUGCUUUGGCUGUAGAUAACCCAUUGGCCGAUCCCAAUUCAGGACUCGCGACGUUCCUGAAAGGCCUGGACAAAGCUCUGGCCAUAGUUUUCGCGAUUGAAAUGGUCAUCAAGAUUGUGGCCAUGGGGCUGAUCAUGCAUAAAGGCGCAUACCUUCGCAAUGGCUGGAACAUCAUUGACUGUGUGAUUGUGGUCUCGUCUAUCAUCAUGCUCGUCGCUGAGUCAUCAGGAAAAGGAGCAAACCUGAAGUCUCUACGAUCACUUCGAGGUUUAAGAACAUUUCGUCCUUUACGUAUGAUCAGCCGACGACCGGGUCUGAAACUGGUCGUGAACGCCUUGUUUGAAGCCAUCCCCGAAGUGAUCAACGUUCUCUUUGUCUGUAUGCUCUUCUUCCUCAUUUUCAGUAUUGUGGCGGUAAAUUACCUGAAAGGAACGUUCAGCGCAUGCAGUGGAGACGUUUUUAAUGCGUUUUCAGACGCACAACUGAGCUUUCUCGUGUCUCCAAUAGCUUGGAAAGAUUCUUCGGCUCUACAACGCAGUUGGUUCGUCGGCACACCUUGUGAAACAUCAUUCCGAACCACCACGGGUUCGGAUUUGACUUCGGAAUACGUUUGCGAGUGCUGGGGAGCGGAAUGGGGACACGUUUUACCGCAAAAUUUCGACAAUGUUGGCGCAGCCAUGUUGACAUUUUUCGAGAUCUCCACUACCGAAGGCUGGGCGGAUGUCAUGAUGGCUGCAAUCGAUUCAAAUGGCAUCGGAAUGCAGCCAGUCCGGGACAACAACAUGAUCUGGGCUUUAUUUUUUGUCCUCUUCAUCAUGGUUGGUAGCUUUUUCGUCGUGAACUUGUUCGUGGGUGUUAUUAUUGACAACUUUAACCGCAUGAAAGCUGCUUUGGGUGGGGAUUUCAUGCUCACGCCAGAGCAGAAAAAGUGGAUUGAGGCACAAAAAGCUGCGUCUCGAGUUGGUCCCGUUCGUAUUUUAAAGCCACCGAGACAAUUUAUACGACGACAGCUAUUCUUCUUGGUCAAGAUGCAGCGCUUUGAAUGGUUCAUCAUGAUCUGUAUUAUCGUAAAUACCUUCUUAAUGGCAGCACAAUUCUUCGGUGAAUCGACAUUGCAAGCGUAUGUUAUCAACAUUGUGAACGAGAUUUUUGCGGUAAUUUUCACAUUAGAGGCAGUGAUGAAGUUGGCCGCAUACGGAUGGGAAUAUUUCGAGGACCAGUGGAACCAAUUCGACUUUUUCGUCGUACUUGGCACCCUAUUAAGCGUCAUUGUGGAGCUGUUUACUGGAGCUUCCGUGCGAUCUCUUGCGAUGCUAGUGCGUGUGUUUAGAGUCACACGUAUACUGCGUCUCGUCAAGGCGUCAAAGAGUAUUCGACAGAUCCUAUUGACACUGUAUAUCGCUCUUCCUGGACUCAGUAACAUCACGUCGAUCCUGUUCCUAAUGCUGUUUAUUUACGCGACUAUGGGUGUUCAGAUCUUCGCCAAGGUGGCUUUGUCGGAUAAUAUCGACACCCACGCUAAUUUCCAGGAUUUUGGCAAAGGUUUCCUCUUCCUCUUACGUGCAGCAACUGGAGAAGCGUGGAAUAGUUGUAUGCACGACUUGGCUACUAGUUCUCCGGGUUGUGUCGAUGAUCCUCCAUAUGACCCAACGAUGUGUGGUUUUAAUGAUUUCGAAGGCUGCAAACCUCUGAACGGAUGUGGGAAUCCCAUAGCUUAUGGUUUUUUCUGUACAUUUACGUUACUGGUGACUUAUGUGAUGCUUAACCUCACGAUUGCUGUUAUUCUCGAGGGUUUCUCGCUCUCUCAUGAAGAUGAGGAGCCAUUGUUUGAACCUGAACUACUUGAAGAAUUCCAGACCAAAUGGGCCGAUAUUGAUCCUAAAGCCACGGGGUUUGUUAAGGUCGAUAAAAUGCUGCUGCUUGUGAAUUUAUUGAAGCCACCACUGGGGAAGUUUGGCAUGCCGAUGGACAUGGCUCACUUUUUCAAGUACAUGUGCCUUCUCGAGGUGCCUCUGUAUGAAGGCGAAUACGUCUACUUUCGAGAUGUACUGCUGGCCAUGACUCGGGAGAUGGUUAAAGUGAAUGCAGGUACCAUCUCCGACAUGCCCCCGGACCAGGAUCCAGGCAUCACUGGUGUUCCAGGGGCCAAGCGUCGUAUUGAGUUUUUCGCGCAUCAAUAUUUUGGCGCUCGAAGGAUUCAGCGGCAAGUUGCAGAAUGGCUGCGCAUUAAACGCCAACUCGAGAAAAAGUAUAUGGAAGAGUACAAGAACAAGAUCAAGAAGCCCAGCGGGCGUCCCAAGAAACAGCGCGACGCGCGUGUCUUCACCAUAGGAUAG